CCAGACUUUCCGAAAUGAGAAUAGGUAAGAAAUCUACUCUCACUAGAAAAUUGCAGUACUGCAUAUCAAUACAGUACUCAAUGAGUACAGUAGUACAGUAUUGCCUGUGGACUGUUCUGUAGGACUGUAAAAAUAAAGUAUGUUUCAAGUAUUUGGGAAAUGUAUUCAUACUUUGUAUUCCUACACAGUAUUUACAGUAUUUUACUAUUUGUUUGGCAGAACUGAAAGAUUACCAACACAAGGUGGUCGGGAACGUCUUCUGUCUCCUGAACAGUAAACUGAAAUCAUGAACAUGGUCCUAGAAAAUAACGCCAUAACAUUACGGCAAAUACAAAGAAAAAUAAUAGAAAACAAUGAGAUAUUUCAAAAUAUUGAUAGGGUAAGCUUAUCAACACUGGACCGUGUCUUGCGCAGAAAUAAUCUGAGGAUGAAGCAGGUCUACAAGGUGCCAUUUGAACGCAAUUCAGAAAGAGUCAAAGAAUUGCAAUAUAACUAUGUGCAAAGAGUCCUUGAGCUAGAGGUGGCUGCAGUGGAGCACCAGUUCAUCUUCAUUGAUGAGGUUGGAUUCAACCUCACAAAAAGACGAAAGAGGGGAAGGAAUAUCAUCGGCCAGCGUGCCAUUGUUGAAGUCCCUGGCCAGCGCGGAGAAAACAUCACAAUGUGUGCAGCAAAUAUCCAUCACGGCAUCAUCCAUCACCAUGCUACCCUUGGUCCCUACAACACUGCCCAUCUGAUCACAUUCCUGGACACCCUACACAACACACUCAUUCCACCAGAUCAGAUAGACGGCCCAGAGCAGUUCAGGUACGUUGUCAUUUGGGACAACGUAAGUUUCCACCGGGCUGCUCUGGUUUGUAACUGGUUCACUGCCCACCCACGCUUUUUAGUUGUUUAUCUCCCUCCAUAUUCUCCAUUCCUCAAUCCUAUUGAGGAUUUUUUGUCUGCCUGCAGAUAGAAAGUGUAUGACCGAAAUCCACAAACGCGUAUACCCCUUCUCCAAGCUAUGGAAGACGCAUGUGGAGAUAUAGCAAUUGAUGCUUUUCAUGGCUGGAUUCGCCAUGCUAGGCGAUAUUUCCCCCACUGCUUGGCCAGGGAAAACAUUGCUUGUGAUGUGGAUGAGAUGCUGUGGCCAGACUGAAACAGAAGAGAGGAUGCAGCAUAGUUUUGUUUUUUUGUUUUUUUUACUGUAACUGUAUACAGUAAAUUCUUCUGUUUUUUAUGUAGA